AUGAAAUUUGGUAUCUACAGUUCGAUUGCCGACCCGCCGGCCGGGGAGAACCUGGCCUUGCGGGUGGAUGAGGUAGUCGCAGAGGCGAAGCUGGCGGAGAGGGCGGGUUUCGACUCCUGCUUUUUCGGCGAGCACCACCAGGACCGGGACGGGUUCCUACCUUCCCCGCUCAUCGUCUCCGCCGCUGUUGCCGCCCAGACCACGACGCUGAACCUGGGCACCUCGGUCAUACUGCUGCCGCUGCAUCAUCCGGUGCGGCUGGCGGAGGACGUGAUUACGCUGGACAUCGUGUCGCGGGGGCGGUUCAUCCUGGGCGUGGGGCUCGGUUACCAGCCGGUGGACUUCCGCACCUUCGACAUCGCCAUUGAGCAACGGGUGAGCCGCUUCGAGGAGGAGAUCGAGAUCAUCCGGCAAUGCUGGAGCGGCGAGCGGUUCUCCUUCUCCGGCGAGCAUUUCAACCUCGACGACCUCACCAUCACGCCCAAACCUUACUCCGAACCGGCGCCGCCGCUGUGGAUCGGGGCGAGCAGGACACCGGGAGCCAGGCGGGCCGGACGGAUCGCCGACGGCUUUGUGGCGGGCCCUAGCACUGAUCUGGAAAACACCAUCGCACUGGCAAACGCAUACCAGCGCGCCGCGGAAGAUGCGGGAAAGGAGCCGGUGCUCUGCCUGAUGCGCGACGCCUGGGUCGCACCGACCCGCGCCGAGGCCGAACGGGUCUAUGGGCCGGAGGUGAUGGACGCCUACAAGUACUACUGGCGCAAUGGCCUCAACGAGUUCCGGCAGUACACCGAGGAAUCGCAGAUCAACAUCGACAACCUCGGCACCGACCGUCUGAUCCUGGGCGAACCCCAGGAGGUGGUGGACGAGUUCCACCGCUGGAAGGAGGCCACCGGCGCCGACUACUUCCUGCUCCGGCUGCGCCAUGCCCAUUCCGGCGGCCCGCCCCACGAGCGCAUCAUGGACGCGAUCCAACUCUUAGGCGAGGAAGUUAUUCCGCACUGCCAGUAA